AUGCCUGCUGCAUACCAGUUCCCUCCGCACCCGUUGUGCCCAUACUUAGGCCACCAUCAGCCCAAAAGAGGGCGCAUGCGAUAUGAGGAAGAAAGCAGGGAAGGGAAGUCCACGUCAGAACCUGUCUUGGAUCAUGGCAGAGCCUGCAAGGGCGAGAGCUUUGAUCGCAAUGGAGACUCGCACAAGAAGAGCCGAUCUGGUCGAGGGUCAACCGACACCAGCGACCUGGAGUUAACUCCGAGGACGCAAGGGAACCAUCAAGGUACAGGGCAGGUUGCAGCAAGUGAGCCCCACAGGCCGAUCUCCACGCCCAUGGAUGGGUCGAACUUCAAGAGAAUGAAGUUUGGCAAGGCAGUUCCCAAAUGCAUCUUUGAGACCCCGCAAGGAAAGAAAUUCCUGAACAUGAGCUCCACCGAGAGCGAUCCGCGAUCCUCGAACCUCAGCGACGAUGCGAGUAUCAGCAGCAAGAUGCCUGUGGCCCUUGGCGGAGGGUCGAUACAUGCCCUCGGUCUUGACUACAUCAAGAGCAAGUACGAUUUCUCAACAGUCCCGCAAUUCGAGGGAUUGUCUUCAGAUUUACACGAAGAAAUCUAUGAUUUCUUGCUUGAAGCCAACAAGCGUUUGCAUUCAAGCAAGCUUGAGGGAGAAACUGUCCAAACGGAUUCGAGGGAUAGUCAUUAUGACCAGCAACUUGUUGAGCAAUGCCUGAGGAAUCACAAAAUUAGUGGGCAUAUGAUUCGCACGAAUGAUGAGCGCCAGCGGCUACAAGGCCUCCUUCUGUUCAUCAAGGACUCGAGCACAAAUUUCAGCCAAGAAGAUAUGGAGCAACUCAGCAAGUAUUUGACAUCGCGUCAUGAACCUGACAACACGAAUGAAUCUGUCAGGGCAGAGGUAGUGCAGGACAUUUCAUCGGGAAAGAUUGCAGAAGUAAUUUUGAUUAGUGGAUUUGGUUGCUGCGACCUCCUCCUCCAGAUGUUUCUUGAGGAGCUUCAGAGUCGAAAGGAGUGCAAGCUAGUCGUAGUGAGAGCCCUGGAUUGUGUGAAAUCCUUGUUUGACAUGGCUGGUUUUGAAACGGUUGCAAGGAGAUCUUGUCACAGCGAUGUGCAUGCUGAAGGAGAGCCUCGCUCUGACUUGUUUCGAAGUGACUACAGCUUUAUGGUGCUUGAUGUCAAGAGUAGGAAAGUGGUCUCAAAAUAUCUGGACGUUGAAGGAGGAAUCUACACGAAUUUAGGCAAGCGAGUGCCAGUUUUUGUCAGAGAUUUGGACCUGGGUGAUUGUUCAGGAGGAGACGCGCUCACGGCUUUAAAGCCGGGGGUUUAUGGGCCUCAUGCCAGCGUAAAGGAGGUCGCUGGUAUCUGCGAGCAUCUGGAUCUUCUUGAUUCCCGAGCAUCUUGUGACUCGUCUGAAUCCGGGGAGCAACUUCUGAACGAGGCGGAAGACACGCCUGAAUUACCCAAGAGAAGACUUGAUUUCAUCUCAUCUCAUGAUUCUCCCAUGCAGAAACAGAAUGCAGCGGUAAAGUCGCUGAAACGAGCACGUCCGACCAAGAGCAUCGCGAAUCCAAAGCAAGCUGGCUUGCCAAUCAUCUCCAGCCCAAGGAUGUUGAGGCAGUCCAAGUUGAAAUUCUUGCUUCAGAGUGCGUCGGGCAGCCCACGAAAAUUCAGCAAGGCCCGCGAUUUGUCCGCGGAACCUCAGGCUGUCAAAGAGAAGGUCAAGUCGUCUCGCUUGCUGUACCAGAAGUUCUUCAAGGACAAGUCUCGUUCUGUGUUGGCGUCCAGUGGUCUUUCCAAGGUCGACCCAUCUAAGGUUGCAGCCAUGGACCCGCUCAAGCGAGAGACUGUGCGAAUGAUCUGCUACGACCUUGGGGUCCCCAUCAAUCGAAAAGUACCUCUCCUGAAGAUGCAGGUGCAGAAGACCAGGUCACAGCUCUUGCUCAGCUUGAUGCGCUUGCAUGAGGAGGAUGUGUUCGCUUGGAUAUACUCAAACCUGCUCACGCCAGAAACACUCGAGGCGAUAUCCGUCGACUACGGUACAAACAUGUCGGGAGAUGACGCGAGAGCGAAGCUGUAUCACAUGAUGAAGAACGCCAAUCGACCCAAACCAGAGCACGCGACCAAGAAAGGUGGUGAGGCUCAGGUCGAACAGCCAGACAAGGGCUCGUCUAAGAGCAUGAGACGAGAAGGGCAGGUGGAUGCCAAGACGGAUGAAGCCGCUCAACUGAAGCCCGUCCCUUGGCAAAUGAUCUUCUGCCGUAUAUGCGGUACGGGGGAUCGAGAUGACCAGCUGGUGCUGUGCGAUCGUUGCAACGACGGUUACCACAUGGACUGUCUGCAUCCAAAGCUCAAGAGUCUCCCUGAGGGCGAGUGGCUCUGCCCUGAGUGCCUCAAGGAGCAGAAGAAGAACAAGAGCCACCUCACGGGAGGGGCGGCCAGAGCUCCUAAGGAUUUCUUCCUCGUCCGAAGUCUGUGCAAGCAGACCAUCAGGCUGAUCUGUCAUGACCUCGGACUGGACGACAAGGGAUCCAAAGCUGAGAUUCGUGAUCGCAUCGCAGCUGCUCUGCCCGACCAAGCGGUUCCUACCCUACCCAGUCUCAAGUUGUCAGCACUAGAAGCGAUCUGCGUGGACCUGGGCCUGCCAAAGAAAGGCACGAAAGACGAGAUCAGAACCCGGAUUGAACACAACUUUUUCCAUCGCGGAAAUAACGUAGAGGAACGUUCCCAAGUCAAGUCUGACGAAGCACUGGAAGACAGUGGUGAGCAGGAGAGGCCCACCGAUGACCCGCAUGAAAGGAAGAUGCUCAAGCUCAGCAAGGCGACUCUGCGAACAAUCUGCCUGAACCUGGGGUUAGACCACACUGGCAAGAAAGCUCUGCUGGUCAGGAGGAUCAUGGAAGUCGGGCAGGCGCUGCAGUGGAUUUCCUUGGCUUCCAUCAAGUUGACCACCAUGGAGCAGAUUGCCGAGGACCUGGAGGUUUGCAAGAAGGGAACGAAAGAGGAGCUCAGAUCUCGAAUCCUGCAGCAUUGGAGCAGAAGCAGCAAAGCAGGGGCUCCUGACGCUGACCCUCUCCCUGACCUCUCGCACAAGGUCAAGGGAAAAGCAAGCGCAGCGGAGCACGCCUCAGAAGACUCGACCGCCUGCCAGAGCCAGAGCAGCAGCAAAUCUCAAUCCGACCCAGUGGAGAAGGAGGGAGAGGACGGGAAGAGGCUGGUGUCUGUCUUCGAGGAGCUCCCCGUCCCCUCUGAGAACUUCUCCCUUGAGCCGCACCUGCUGCUGCAGGCCGUGCGCUCGAUGGAGGUCGAGGGAGUGAACCCGGCGGAGGUGGCAGAUCCGUGGGAGUACGUGACGUGCAAGAAGUGCGGGCUGAGCGAGGGCGACGAGCGAAUGAUCUUGUGCGACGGCUGCGACGAUGCGUACCACGUCGAGUGCACGUGGCCGAGGCUCUCGCAGGUGCCGGAAGGUGAGUGGUUCUGCAAGGUAUGCAGGAAGACGCGGGAUAGCGCGGCCGUGCAAGCCAAAGAGGUGCAGGAAGAGGGAGAGGGGGAAGGGAGCGAGCGGUCCAAGGUGUCGGGAAGGAUCAGGAUGAAGACGCAGCCGUUCAAGGUGUCUAGGGGCAAGUAG